UCUCCGAGAGUGAGCAGAGCCCGACAUAUUCUGAACAUCUUCCAAAUGUUUAGCCCUAGUCGUCAAGUGCUGCUCUUGGGGGGGCGAGGUUGAAAGAGAGGAAGACGACGAGAGAGAGACGGGCAGCGUUCACGCAGAUUUUCACCUCUGCGUUCAUCCCCGCAUCUCCACUGAAUGAAUGCACAAGUCAAACUGGAUAAUAAGACGCAAGAUAAUCAGUCAAGAUGAUUACAGUCAGUGUGAUCACGUUCACCUUUCUGCUCAGCACAGCUCUUUCUGCUCCUGUGAACGAGACGGUCGUUAAGUUCCAUGGGGAGGAUUUCCACCUUUUACUGCCCUCUCUGGGGGUGGAGGUCACCUUCCAUCCCAGGUAUAAUCCUGAUAAAAGACCUGAUGUGGUCCUUAUGCGGGGGGGCAAAGUGAUCGGCUCCAGGGCCAAGCUCAACCACCUCAGCCACCUCAUCUUGGAAUCUGUGAAGGAGAAGGACGAGGGCACGUACACGGUGACAAACCCUGAGAAGCCAGACGACAUCCGGAUCACUACUCUCAUCGUCCGAGAUUGCACCAACGAGCAGAACAUUAAGUAUGGCGACAAUUUCCACAUCCAGCUGUUUGGGGUAAUCACUCCCAUCACCCUGGAGUUCAGAACCAGUGCUGCGGAGGCCAACGAGACGCAUAGGCCUGGUUUGGUGCUGCUAACCAGUGCAGGAGUGCCCACCGGUGGCUACGAGGGCCGGAUCAGCAUCACAGAGCGCCACGUCACGCUGAGCGCCGUCACCGGUGCUGAUGAGGGAAGCUACACUGUCAGUGAUACUAAAGGCAAGAUCGAAAGAAAAGUGUGUCUCAAUGUCAAAGGGCACCAGAACUUUGUGCAGGUGCCUUAUGGUGGGAGACUGAAGGUCAACCUGAUCCUCAACAGCUCCUUGGUGCAGCUCUACUACUCCCGCAACAAUGACAACAUACAGCGCCUGCUGAUGGAUAAAGGAGAACUCAUCAGUGCCCAAAUUGCUGAGCUUGGAUUUGAGGAGCGUCUCUCUGUUGAAGGAUCUGUGGUUAUUCUGGACCAGGUCAAGAGCGCAGAUGCAGGACAGUUCAAAAUUACUGACAUGCAGGGCUUCACUGUGUCAAAUGUCUACCUGGAAGUGCAGCCCUACAGACUUCCGCCAGUAUAUGUGGCGGUCAUUGCUCUGUUGGGCCUUCUGGUGUUUCUACUGCUGGUGUGCCUCCUGUCCUGCCUGAUCAAGGUAAAGAAGAGGGCCAAGAGGGCGGCUGCGUUGGAGAAGCUUGCCCAGAAUGCUGGCAAGGAGGAUGAGGGAGAUGCAUUCAGACAGGUGGUCAAGAACAUCACCAAACUUAAUGAGGAGUCAAAGCAUUCCCAGGCUGACACUACAGAGAAAUCUCAAAGCACUGAGGUGGACAUUAAAGGUCUAGAGGUUUCCUCCAAGGAAGUUGGAGUGGGUAACCUUGAGACCAGUGAUUCAGGGGUGGGAUUUAACACCACUGCCCUCCCACUUGACACUGACACUGAUGCCCCUGAUCACAUCCCAGACUCUGAGGCUGUCAGCAUCUCAAUUGCCCCUGAAACCCAGCCAAGCCAGCCCGCUGCUGCUGAGGUCAAGCCAAGUGCUCCACCAGCAAUAGAGAUUAAGCCUAGUCCAGUAACACCUGAGACCAAGAAAACCCCUGAUCAGCCCGCUGAAGUAAAGCUGGAUGUGCUCAUGCCUGCAGAAGAUAAACUAAGCCCAGCCCAGAGCCCUGAAUCCAAGCUUGUGUCUAAGCCGAGCCCCAGUGAUGGUCUAGAUACCAAAACGUCUGAACCAAAGCCUGCCCCCAGCCCAAGCCCAGAGCCGAAGACAUCCUCUCCUAAAGCCCCAACUCCGCCAGCUGAAAGCAAGAGCGCCCUGACUCCCACACCGGAGCCCCCAAAGCCGACCACACCAGAACCCAUCACCAAUGGUACACCUGAGCCAGCCCCAGAGUCCAAUCUGAGCCCAGACCCCGCUGAUCUGAUCGGAGGAUCUGCUCCGAAAGUAGCUCCCACUAAAACCCCCGAGGUGGAGCUGAACUCUAGUAGUCCGAUACUAGAGGCCAGCAAAGAUGGCGCCAUGGCUGAGGACUCCACCACCACCACCUGAGAACAGCCCCUGCACAAACCCAAGGGAAGCCCCGCAGAUAUUCUCCAUCUACAACCACUGUAGACAAUCGAACACCCCCUACCAAAUAAUGAAGAAAACCACAGUCAUUGGGGCGGGGACUUAGAUUUAACACUUUUAAUGCCUGAACAUAAUAGUACCUAGAUUAUGAUAUCUCAUUUGUCUGUAACUAACACUUAACCAUCAAGACUUUUUGACCUACAGAAACAGUUCACAUUACUAAAUAAUAGAAGCAGCUCCUUGAUUGUGAAAUGUUUCCGUUGUUGACCCCUUUCAACUUAAAUUUUAGGCUGUACACUCAAUUUAGCAUUUGGUAACUUCACAUAACUGCCAGGCUGCAAAUUAAAUCCUUUGCAGAGUUUACAGAUGAAUUGUUAACUCCACAUAAGGUCUUUUCUAAUGCGUUAAGGCGGACAGAAAGGUUUACAACACUUCAUUUAAUUCAGUAAUGGACUGACAAGUGAACAUGGCACCAUCUACAGAAUCACUGUUACUAAAAUUCCUCGUUUGAACUAAAAUAACCAUCAUCAGCCAUCUAGAUGCUUGCUCUUCUUUCAGCAUGUGGAUAAAACACAUAAAAAGCAUGACGUUUUUCAACCCAUCUCACAGUCGUACACAGUGAAACUACUGGCUUCUUAAAAUUUCUAAUGCAUGUGAUGACACAUCAUCAAACAGGGAUGGAAAGCCCUUUUUAAGCCUUUUUUUUCUUGCCUUUUUUCUUCUAUUGUAGCUCCAAGUAAGGAACAGAAGGCAUUUUUUCAUAUAGCAUGAAGGUGAAAUGUGGACAUGUGCACCAGUGCUAAUCCUCUGGUCCCAUACAGAUCGACACCAUUCAGUCACAUACAAAAAAUUGACCAUAACAAAAAUAUUCUUACCAUACUAAAACCACCAUUUAUGGCCUCUGAGGUUGAGAUUUUGACUCCCAGUGGAUAUCCUCCAUGAUUAAAAUAUGUUUCACAGACUAAUCCCUCAAGUCCGGAUCAACCACUUACUGUCUUGGAUCUGGAUUUCCCUGUGGCUCUAUGAAAUCCCAUUAUACUUAUAAUUCAAUAGGAAAGUCAUCGGAGCCCGUAGAAACUCCAGGCACUGGGACCAGCAUGUGACCCGGUGUGCUGUUUGCUCUGCUGGGCUUUAUAUUGCUGAAAGAUUGAAUGAAAGGGUGUGGUGAGUUCAAACGCUCAGAAUGUCUUUCUUUCUGUCUUUUUCUUUUUCUUUCUUUCUUUCUUUCUUUCUUUCUUUCUUUCUUUCUUUCUUUCUUUCUUUCACGCUUCCUUCCUACCUUGUGCCUUCACUUCCUCUUUUCUUCUAGCUUUUCCUAUAUCAAACAUUCUUUCUUUCUUUCUUUCUUUCUUUCUUUCUUUCUUUCCAACGUUUGUGGUAACCGUGGGCAUUAUUUCGAACCUAAUGCAGUUGUACAUGACUAAUGACAGACCUUAGUUCUUAUAUCGAAUCAUUCUCUUACGUUUAUUUUAAAUAUAUAUUUACUCUAAUCUAUUAAGCUUAAUUUACUUUUAAAGUAACUAGUUCCUGUAUCAUUACUUUCUGUGGCCCUGUAAGUUUAAAAAGCUCAAAUGUUGAUGCUUGAUAAUUAGGUCUGAGUGAUAACAACUUAAGAGCUAUUUGUAUCUUUAGCCGUUCCAAAAUACUCCUCUGAGGCCUUUAUCAAACACAUCGUCUCUGCAGAAAUGUGUUACAUUCAUUUGUAAAGUUGGAGGUAGCCUAUGUGGAAUUUAAUCCUUAUUAAAACUCCAGGGGAGGUGUGCAAAUGCAUUUUUGACAAAAGGCAUGUCUCUACCUCAUAUUUUAUCUGACCACUGAUGAAACAAUUAGCAUAACAGUUUGGUGCAUUAAAAUCAACAACAACAAAAGAAAAAAAACAUUUUGGAUUACUGAUAGAAGCACAAAAUAAUAGCCAUGAAAUGGCAAUCAAAUUUAUCAGUGAAAAUGUAAAAAAGUAAGUAGCUCCAUCUUCAACCAACUGAGUCAAUGGCCUUUCUUGCUAACUUUUGGGACUUCAAGAGUUUUCUUACAAUGAAAUAAUACAAGAUGAUGUGACAGCAUCUUCAAAAGCCAUAUGAUAACAUAGAUUUAGAUGUCAGAUUUGAUACUAUGAUCAAUUAAUAUAGUAUAGAGCAAAACCUAACAAAAACAAGUAUUAAAAAAUCAAGGUGCCUAAAUGUUUAACAGAAUUACAGUAACAGAUGGUCAUAUGUGCUGAAAAAGGGAUGAAGGCAUUUUAAUGAAUAUUGGUCUUCGACCUAACGCAAAACAUUAGACAUGCCUCACUUCUAGCCAGGCUCAAAAACUCAUUUUGGCAAUACUAAAAGCAGUGUUUACACACACACACACACACACACACACACACACACACACACACACACACAUACACAAACACACACACACACACACACACACACACACACACACACACUCACACAGAAUAAAUCCCUUGUCACCCCGCUGACUUUGUCCAGCCUUGUAAAUAUUGCAUGUCAGCCAGUUUAAAGUCUCCCCGCCAAGGUUGAAUGUUUGUAGUGUAUAGAAUGGUUGUUGUAUUAUACUGAAUAACAUAAAAAAACUAAUCUAAAUUUCUCACAAAGCUUAAAUCCAGAAUAUAGAAUAUAUACACAUACUAUAUACUAUAUACUAUAUACACUAAUAUUCACUAACUUCUUGACCUAAUUUAUGAACCAAAUAUUGAAAAAUCCAUUGAGACUAUAUUAGAUCUCGUCAGAUCACUUUAUCUUAUAUUAUUGCCAUUCCAACCAGAUGGUACUCACAGCAUAACCCUCACAAUAUUUACAUAUUGUAUUAGAAUGAUUAACCUAUGUCACUUUAAGAUGAAGCAUUGACUGCAGCAUGCCCGUGAGACGUCCUCGAAAACAGGCUUUUAUUGUUCUGUAAAAAGGUUGUGUCUGUGUGUGUGAACAGAGGAGUGAUAUUCAGUGUUGCCAUCAUCACGCGUUGAAGAAUUGUGUGUGCGUGUGUCUAAGGAAGUGAUGUACGGUUGCAUGUGUGUGUCUGUCUUCAAUCAUUUAUAGCCAUGUGCGUGUGUUUGUGUGCGUGUGUGUGCGUCGGUCCUAUGCAUAGGCAGUUUGUACAGAAUGAAACUCCCGUAUCCUACGUGUGCAUCUCCAUCUAUUGUGAGUAAGGUCUUCAUGUGCCUGCUUAUAUUGUCUUGCAAUGUGAAGAAAAAAAAAAAGUGCUGUGUUUAGUCAUGAGUGUGAAUGUGUUAAAAGCCACAAAAAAAUGGUCAAAGAUAUUGUAAUUUUGAGGUGCUUUGAGUGAUUCUCGUCUUUGUUUUAGUGCCUAAAAUAUUCAUUGGCUGGUUGGCCUGUAUUCUAUUCUUAGCCGACACUCCUAAUGACACCUUUUUCUUACACUUUAGGCAGGGUACUUACAGACUGGUCAAGUGUAGAAGGCUAGUUGAACCCUUGACUGAUUAUACUGUCGGUUUCCUGUACCACUGACUGAUCUAUUAAGAUGUAUUACCGUAAUGUGUAGAAAAUAUGUGAUAUACAGUAUUAAAAAAGAUGGGUUAGGAAGCACUUGGAAACACCUUAGCUCUACUUGAUAAUGAAAGACAAAUGUUAUGCACUUGAUACUGGAUGAGUCUGAUCGUCUUGCUUUUCAGAUGACUGACAAAAGGAAUGACACAGUGAGAGUGUUCUGUGUGUAAGUGAGGGUGAUUUCCACGUCGCUAGUCUGAGAGGCGCAGCUUGAGUAUGUGAGUUCACAAAACAGAGGGAUGGCAAAGCUUUGCGUCGGUAACCCUCGAGGGGUUAUGGAGUGUACGUUAAAAACUGCAUUUGAACGUAUGCCACCACUGUGUUGUAACCAGUGACUGUAAUACCAAGCCAUUUGGAGUGUGUGUGUGUGUGUGUGUGUGGGAGGGCAGAUGGUGUGCAGUUGGCAAAAGAGGCCUUUGGUUUGCACAUUACCAGCAUCUUGAAGAGGAAGGUCAGGCUGGAAUCAGUGUAGGGUUGCUGGUUUGAUAGCCACCUCAGAUAACCCACUAAGGAAACCUCUACUGUUAUUACCACUGGCACUCUCCUUGCACUAUGUGAGCCGUUUCUGCCCUGAUCCUCUGUGUUUACUUCAGCUGUUCUGGCCUGGGUGUGAUGUUCGACAUGUUCUCUCUGUACUCCCUUUUUGCACAACACUACACACACACAGACGUUUUGUAAAGAAAAUAGUUUCUUUCUUUAUUUCAUGUCUAAAGGGAUACUAAGAAUAAACGGAAGAUUAUGACA